UAAAAGUUUAAAUCGAUUAUCGUUCGUUAACUUAAUAAAUCCUAUAGUUACUUUUGACAAUAUUUAAACGCAUUGAACUGAAUUUCCGUGCAGUUUUUCUAAAGUUUUUCUAAAAACAUCAGGAUUCGUUUUUGUUUAUUUGGUUGCGAAAAAUUCUAUAUUGUUUAUUGUGAGCUUAUUAUUUUGUUAAUUUGAUUGAUAAUAAAGCUUCAUUUACAGUGGAAGUGAAAGAUUGCUUGGUCUAUUUUCUUUUAUUGUUCAUUGAGAUAUUUUUACAUCUAAUAUGGUAUGUGAGUUGGUCUUUUAAACUUGUCAUCGAUGCAUAAGAAAAUGGAUUUUCAUUCUGUUAUGGAAAGUUUUGCCGAAGCAUGGGUUGUUGCUAAUACGCAUACACCACUGACGGAAGCUGCUGAGUCGGGAUUAAUUAAUGGUCCUAACAAUAAUUCCACAUCUUCAAAUCAAGCACAGCCACCACCACAACCAAGUUCAAAUCUAGCACAACCGCUACCACAACCACCUUCAAAUCUAGCACAACCACUACCACAACCUCCUCCAAAUCUAGCACAACCGUUACCACCACCUUCAUCAACAGCUCAAGACAUUCCGAAAGAUGACUGCAUUGUAAUUAAUGAAGACAAGCAAAAUUCUAGAUGCCAAAGUCCACCUGAAUCUCUUAUCUACUCUCCAUCUAAUGCUGAUAUUAAAAUUAAAGUUAUUGAAACUCAUGGUAAAAGUUUGCCAGUUCAUUGUAUCAUUGAACAAAACCCUGGACCUCAAGCAUGUGGUCAGUAUGUUGAGCUUGACAGUUAUGCCAUUGUUCCUUGUGAAACUUUAUUCAGUGACUUGGUCAGGACAGCAUUAGGAAAACUAGGUUAUUCUGGGUCACAAAUUGUUGGAGCUAAGGGUUCCAUUCAAAUAAAGAAGUGGAAACCUCUUGCCUUUGACCAAGUAACAGAAAACCCAGACGCAACUGUAGCAGAUAUUCUUGGUGAUUUAACAACUAUGGCAUCACUUCACAUCCGCUUGUAUAGUGUCCCAGAUAAUCCCCAAGAAUGGAAAGAUGUAACUGUAAGAAAUGCUGUUCUUGAACUUUUACGUGAAAUGUCUCAAAGUAAACUUGCAAAACUCUGCCCUCUUUCUCAGCCAAUGCUAUCAAAUAUUAUUAACAACCGAUAUUUGGGGAAAAUAGGAAAAGAGAAAUGUCAAGAGUUUGGAACUUGGUAUUUAAACUACAGGAAACAAACUCCAGAGGGCACUGCUCCAGAAAUAGUUCCUAGUGACCGACCAACAGAUGGACGUCUCACAUUUCAUCCUACUAAAGAGCUUCCUACCAUGAGAGAUUGGUUCCGCAGUUGCCGUAAUCCCUCUAGACGCACACUUCAAAUGUAUGUAGAUAUUUUAAAUCAAGGACCUGUUAGACAACAAGAGAGGCCUAAAAUUAUUUUGUCCACACUAAAGAACUGGUGGAAAAAUGAAAAGCAGCGAGAACGUAAACAGCAUUCUGAAGAUAAAUCUCCUGAUGCCAUAACAGCCAAAAGAAAAAAGAAGUCAGAUCAGAGUACUGAACAGAAAGAGGCGGUUGCGAAUAAUGGAAACCAUGACCAUACAAGUCCUAACUGUGAUGAUGCGCCUAAAACAAACAAUUUCACUCUAAUCAAUCAUAGUGAGAACGAAAAUGAUUUUGAGAGAGUAUGCAGAAGAGACAGUGAAGUGAGUGAAAAUAGUUUAGUCAGCGAUUCGAGUCUCCCGUUUCAAAAAUUAAACUCCUCCGACUCAAAAUCAAACUCUAAGUUCACCUUCCUUAGUUCCGCCAAUAAUGUUUCAGAAAUGGAAAGAUUUAUUCAAAAAGAUACUGAUCUGCAGGAAAGCAGGCUGAAUGAGCCUGGAAUUGAACCAUCAAAAGCAUUGCCAAUCGAAUCAUCUUAUUUUCAUAAAAUUCACACUGUGUGCAUUGAACCUUCAAUGCAUAAUGUGUUUAACUUUACCGACCCUCAGUUAAGCAUUCAUCCCAACCCCAAAAUGUAUUCUAGUAAUCCUUUAAGAACUAAUGCUGCUGAUAACAAUUCUCAUAUGAGUUCGGAAGAAGAUGUAGAUGUUGGUAUAUGAGUCGCAUUGUGCAGUUUAUAUUACCUUUGAUCUAUUUCAAAUAUCAUUUUGCUUUUAAAUAUGUUUAAUUGAUAUUUUUUCAUUUCAAAACAUACAUUGCCAUUCCAUUUUAAGUUCAUUUUGUUUUCUAUUUAAUUUUAAUGGUUUCAAUCAAGCUUCCGUUGAUAGAGAAUAAAAGUUAAAAAUUGUAAUUCUAAAAGUCUGUCUGAACACUUAGAAAGUUGUGAUGCAACAUGUCUGGCUCACGCAUAUGACUGCUCAGGAGAUCAUAGAAAAACAAGAAACUUUAUUUGCAGGUUCAGACAUUUAUCUAGACAAAUAUUGUAGAUAGUGAACUUGGCAUCAGCAAACAGACAAUUGUAAGUUGCUUCUCAGAAACAGUAAACAGGAUACAUAGCGUUUUUAAAAAGUGCUUAAAGGUACUGUUUUUUGUUUUUAAGAAGGCUUUAGAGGGGCUUUUUUUCAUAGGUUGUCUUUAAAGAUUGCUUAAUUUUCCCUUUUUCUUUACCAUGUCGAUUUUUGCCACCAAUCAUGCAAAAAUUGUGGUUUUCAAAUUGUUUGCUUCAUCAUUUUUUAAAUUUAUAAAACCACAAUUCAUUUUGGUGUACCAACGAUCCAUAGUGUAUGAAAGCGUCAUUCAUUUUACAUUUGAUGAAAUAAUUGCAGAUCCACAUGUUCUUACAUUGAGUUGGAUUUAGUGGGAAGAAUUCUUGCACUUUCAUGUGUAACUCAACUGCAUUUUGCAAGAGAUUCUCGAUUUCAGACUUCGUUUUCUGCCCUUUAAAAACAAACCGAAAAAUUUCAAAAAAUUAUUGUCUGAUCAUGAGGAUAAAACUUAACAUUGCCAAAUUUUUUCCCCUAAUACCAAAAUAAAAUUUUAUUUAUCUUGUUAAUUUCAACAUUGUUGCAGCACCGUCAUCUUUGUCACUCACAAGCCAAUAGCCUUCUUGUGCUAUUCUAUUUAUAGAUCAGUACCAUAAUCUUUGAACUUGACUUGGGGAUCAUUCAUUAA